CACGCAAAAAGAAAAAAGAUGAGUGCUGGCAAUUUGCUAGGCAUUCUGGCUGCAUGCCAUUUCCUGGCUCUAACCUGGUGCCAUCCUUUAGCCACUAACUAUACCAUUGACAUCCUGCGCCUGGCUAAGGCCGCACACCUCAAGGCAUACAUGCAGGAGGAGAAGCACGAGGCAUGCGACAACUUUUACAAAUUCGCUUGUGGCAACUGGAAACGCUUACACCCGGCGCGUUUACACAACACGAAGACCAAUUACCUGGAACAGCUUCAGGUGCUGUACGUGCGGAAGAGUGCCGAAAUGCUGAAGAGCUCCAUGCACAGCUUUGACACUAGUGCCGAUCGCUUGCUGAAGCACUUCUUUGGCUCCUGCACUGCUCAGGCCAAUGACACACAAUCCGAGCUGUCCGCCUUGUUCAAAGUUAUUGAUUUUCGCGGCGGAUGGCCGGACAUACGAGUGCCCUCGUGGUAUCAAUACGAGUACGAUUGGCUGAAUACAAUUGCCGCACUAAAGCGACGCUUGGGUGUGGACAUCCUUAUUGGCUUGGAUGUCAUACUCGACUACAAAGAGGAGAACAUACACCGACUUAAAAUCGGAGCCCCUAAUCUACCGCUCGGGAAGCGACAUCAUUACCUGGAUGCAGAGUAUCGUGACAUACGCGAUCAGUACGUUCGCGACAUAGCACAAAAACUGCGCAGCUACUUCCCCCAGCAGAGCGUUCGUUGGUUUGAGGAGGUGGCGACCCAGGUACUAACUAUUGAGCAACAACUGGCCAAAGGAUUGCCGCAUAACCCCUCUCUGACUCUAGAUCAGACGACGCGCGAAAGGAGCGUUGCCGUUCUCAAGGAAGCAUACGGCAGCUAUGUGGACAUAAGUCGCUAUCUCAAUCUCAUUUUUAACGACACCCUCUAUGUAGAAUUAUACGAGACGCCCGACGACUACCUGUCGAACCUGGUGAAUGUAAUUAAGCUAACGCCCAAGCUUCAACUGGCCAACUACACUAUUUGGCGUGCGCUAGAAUUCUUUGAUGGCGCACGUGUGCCCCACCACGAGCAGCCAGAUACAUGGUGCGUGCACCAGGUACAGGAGUUUUUCCCACACCAGCUGGAGAGUCUCUUUCAUCGCAACUACAACAGCAUGCAAAUGAUCAAUGAAGUACAGUCCACAUGGGCCGACAUAAAAAGAGUGUUUCGGGAGGCCCUGCAGGCCUCAGAAGAACUCCAUUGGCUGACACUGGAGACACGUCAAAAGGCCAUCGUUAAACUAGAAGCUAUGGAGUUACAGUUUCGGGGACACCACGAACGGGAAUUGAUCCAGGAAGUCCAUGGCCUUUCCCUGCGUCCGGAUCAAUUCUACACAAAUUUUCUGAACGUUCUGCAGUGGCGUACAAAUAAACAACUGUCCAAGCUUCUUAUGGCCCCAGAGUUGGAGGACGCGGUUUAUAAGCUGCCCCAUUACGAGUUAACCACGAACAAAAUUCAGAUACCCAUUACCUUUCUGCAGGCGCGCUUCUUCUGGGAUCCGGCAUAUCCCAACGCCCUCAAGUAUGGCACUUUAGGUGUGUUACUGGCCCAACAAAUGUUGCGUGGAUUUGAUGGACUAGGCCGUCGAUAUGACCGACACGGCUAUCAGAACAAUUGGUGGGAUCGCGAUUCGGAAAACGCCUACAGUCGUCGCGCUCAGUGUUUUGAAGAGCAGUACGAGACUUUUGUUGAGUUCCAAAAACGUUUGGUGCGGGACACGAACAUGCUUAGCCGUGCCGUUGCCGACAAUGGUGCUCUAAACAUCGGCUACCGUGCUUAUCAGAAAUGGUUUAAGAAUUCUGCCGAAACAGCACACGCCUAUCAUCGAGAGACUUUGCCACUUCUUGACUACUCCCACAACCAGCUUUUCUAUCUGGCAUAUGCACAACUCUGGUGCUCAGACUAUCCUGAUUCAUUGGAAAUAUUCGAUUACCUGCCCGAGGAGGUGCGUGUUAAUGCAGCGCUUUCAAAUACACAGGAGUUUUCCAAUAUCUACAGUUGUUCCAGCGACAACAAGCUCAACAAACGCCACAAGUCCGCGCACAGUAGCGAUACAUUGAGCGAUCCGAAAAGUAAUAAUGGCAUCAAGAGCGCCAGUUCCUUCCAUCCCAUCUUUCAGACCGAGGAAACCGUACGCCAAAAUAAAGCAAAUAUCGUACGGCGAUCCAUGAAGCUGAGUGCCGAUCCCUGCACUGAUUUCUAUGAGUAUGCAUGCGGUAAUUGGGAGCACACGUUUAUGCCACAGAAGCAAUUGGAAGCGCAAAUCGACAGCGAUCUGCUUCGUUUGUUAGACGAUCCUGUCCAACGGGAAGAUAGUGCAUUGGUUCGCCAGGCCAAGGAGUUUUACAAAUCAUGUGUUACCGUACAAUCCAAUCAGAGCCAGCAACACCAACAGUUCCUGAGCGAGUUCAUUCAACAGAACGGAGGUUUUCCUGCCGUACCUGGAUCCCACUGGUCCGUGCAUCACCACAACUACGACUGGGUGCACGAGGUGGGAAAGCUGCGUCGUAGCUAUGGUCUGGAUGUACUCAUUGGUCUCCACAUUAGCUAUAACUAUGCCAACGUACAUGAAAACAGCAUCUACCUGGGAGAGCCCAGCAUGCUCAUUCCACCGGAAUUGUGUAGCAAGGCGGGCACAAAAAUGGUGGACAUUCGGGAUGCUGCGUAUGAAGACAUCGAACGGGGGAUAGCAGCACAUCUUAAGGCUUGGCUGGCACUCAGCAGUAACGAAUCGAAACGUUUAGCGGCAAACAUAUUAACAUUCGAAUACGAGCUCUGCGGGAGCAUAGAGGGGUCAACACCCUGGGAUCCAGAUUUGCAACUUUAUCGCGCAAACUACUCGCGCAAGACUCUGGCUGAGUUUUCACGGCUCUUCGGGGGGAAAUUAGACUUCAACGAGUAUGUCCGCAUUAGCUUCGGCCAACCCGUCGACAAGCCUGUGUACAUGGCUGCCCCAAACUACUAUCAGCAGCUGAUUCGUACGGUGGAAGCCUACAAUAUAAGUGAAGUGGCAAACUAUAUAAUGUAUCGCGCGUUGUCCAUGCUUAGCUUUCCGGUCGAUGAUCAGCUGCAUCGGCGUUCUACUUACUGUUUGGCCAACACAAAGCAAUAUUUGCCAGCAGCAUUGGGCGAACUUUAUUACCGUCAAUACGUCAACUAUGAUACUAAAUCACAAUUACUGGAUAUGUACGUUUUCCUGAAAAAUGCACUCAAGCUGAGUACGAAGGCUAGUUGGGUAACAGAAGGCACGCGGCGAGUGGCCGAAAGAAAGAUCGACAAUCUGGCUGUUUUCUUGCCUGAAUACCAUGACUCGAUGGCUUACAAAAUUCAACUGGAGCGCAACAACUAUUGGCAUAAUUUAAAACAAGUGUUAGCCCAAACCCAAGCACAUGAGCUGGAGCGACUGCAGGAGGGCAAUCUACCUCAUCCGCGCGUCAUUGUGCAGGCCUAUGAGACACGAAUUAAGCUGCGCCCCGUGCAGCAGCGCAUCGAACUGGGUUGGGCAAUACUACAGACGCCAUACUAUGAUCCCCGGUACGGCCAUGCUGUGCGCUUUGCGACUCUGGGUCCGCUGUUGGCCCAACAGCUAGCUGCUGCAUUCGAUGACAUGCACUGGUCGAUUGGAAUUAUGGAACGUGAUCAAUGGGAUAGUUCAACAGCUUGGGAGUAUAACAACCGGAGCAAGUGCUUCAACCGACAAGUGACUAACUAUUUGCAGCACAAUUCAAGCGCUGAGGUCCAACUAAUUGGCAGCAGUGCUGCAUUGAAUUUGGCAUUUCACGCUUAUCUUAUGUGGCUGGGCUUACAGGAGCCGCACAAUGAAUUUGCCCGACUAGCGAAGGAGACGCUCCCCGGCUUGAACUUCUCGAAUACUGCGCUUUUCUUCAUAACAUAUGCACAGCAGCAUUGUCGCUUGGACCAUCACGAAAAAACACAAUUGAUGGGCAAAAAUGAACGAUCUAUGCCAAGAUACAGUGCUCGACAGUCGCACACUUCCACCGAAUCAUUUCUCAGUCAAUUUUUUAACGUGAACAUGGAAACUACCACGAACGCUCUACUUCUGCUUUCUCUCUUUGUGGGUAGUGUACACGUCCAGCAUAGCCGACGUGUUUAUGAUAGUAGCAUGGAGCGUGGUAUUCAAAUGAGCACAUCAUUCGCGGCAGGCGUUAGUCCCACAACAAAUACGGAGCGCCGUGAAGAGCAUAAAGUACGCCAGAGCAUAUCCAAAGACAUGCAGCGCUACAUGAACCUGACAGUGGAUCCAUGCGACGACUUCUAUGAGUACGCCUGUGGAAAUUGGUUUCGUUAUCAGACCCGCCAUCUCCGCUCAGGUGAGUUGGGCACGGCGCAACAGCUAGUUGAAGCAAACAUUCGGGAGCAGCUUCAGCGCUUUCUAACACAACCAACUCCUUCCCCUCACCAUCCCAACGCAUACAACGAGCUGAGCAUGGCCAAUAUACGGAAAGUGCGCGACGUUUACAACGCAUGUCUUACUGUGAAUGCUAACGGAGUGGAAAGACGCAAGUUUCUCAUGAAGAUUGUAAAGGAUCAUGGCGGCUUGCGUCAGCUGCCGAACUCAGGAUGGCAGCACGAAUAUCACUGGCUCCAAAUGCUGGCGGCCCUACGACGGAAUUUCGGACUGGACAUCCUCAUCGGCUUCGAUGUGGAUCUUAAUCUGCUCCUGAAGCGCGGCAAUAGCAUUUAUUUGGGAGAGCCGCAGCUAACAAUAAUUCCAGCGGAAUAUUGUAGCGCAAUGGCCACACAAAUGGCUGAUGUAAGAGAUGAGGUCUAUGAGAAAAUACAACAGGAAAUUGCGAACAAUAUGCGAGUGUGGUUUGGUAUGGAACGGGGCGAGGCAGAACGUUUUGCUGGCGACAUUGUACGCUUUGAGUUUGAGCUGUGCAAGCACAUGCGUGAAGAUGAAACGUUGCCUGACACCGCAUUGCACCAACAACCUGGCUUCACAGCUCGUGGGCGUGUUGGACAGGACCGAUUGCGCCUACAACAACCUCCUGGCGUAGGGAAUGCUCGCUACCCGGGCAUAAUGUUGGCUGAGCUAACCGCCAAAAUGGACAAUUUUAUAGAUUUCAAAUUAUAUGUUGAAAGCAUCAUCGAGGCCAGCUACACCGAAGUGGUGUAUCUGCGCUCGCAAACCUAUCUUACGCACCUGGUGCGAACGGCAAAGUCGUACAACCGCUAUACCAUCUCCGGUUAUAUUAUCUAUCGCGCCUUGCUAGAGCUUAAUCAGCCGCCAGAUGAACAUGCUACGCGACGCCCACAAUCCUGUGUGAAGCUAAUGCAACGCCUCUUCCCCCAAGUACUGGGCGAGAUGUAUCAGCACAACGUGCAUCGGGUCGAUGCCCAGAACGAUCUAGAGCAAAUCUUCAGAGACCUUGUUAAGGCUUUCGAGCAACAGCUCAAAGUAGAUUGGCUGGAUGAAAACGACAGACGUGCGGCCCGCACUAAGCUCAGCCAGUACCACAUGCAAUUUCCAGACUAUCAGAAUGUUGAUCUAAAGGAUCUGCAUAUCCAAAAAGGCGAGAGUUUUUGGCAAAAGUUCGAGUCGGUGCUGAGAUACAAUGCUGCGCAACAACUAAAUCGCAUCCGUGGCAACGAUUUCGGGCGCAACGAUGGUUCGGUGGAUGCUUUUGAAGUGAGAGCUGAAAUAGCGCCGAGACAACAAGCCGUGUCAGUGGGCUUGGGCUUAUUGCAGACUCCAUUCUACAACUACUACUAUCCACGUGCGCUAAAAUAUGCUCUUCUCGGACAGCGAAUGGCACGCGCACUGCUCUAUGCGUUCGAUGACGAGGGAUGGAACAAGCACCCCCAAGCGACCGCACCAUGGAACGAGCUCACUAUGAGUGGCUACCGAAAUGCCACUGAGUGUCAGCGCGCCCAAUACAGCAACUAUCUGUAUAACCAGCCUCAAACUUUCAAGAAUGCAACGCAACUGCGCGAACUAAUCUCUGACAGCAGUGCACUAAAUGUGGCUUUCAACGCUUAUCUCGGAUGGUUGGAGCUGACCGACCCUAAGAUGAGAGAUCUGCUUCUUAAGGAGACGUUGCCCAGCAUGGACUUUACAAACACGCAGCUCUUUUUCAUAUAUUUUGCACAGACCCGCUGCUUUGCACGACAGGACGAGCAGCCUGCCAUGGAUUUCCUACCAUUGACCAAGCAUACACCGGAACGAUGGGCAGUUAAUGGGCCGCUAAGCAACUCAGAGGAGUUCGGCAAGGAGUUUAACUGCCCAGUCGGCACACAUAUGAAUAGCGACGAUAAAUGUUUAGUUUACUGAUGAAUACAACAAGCAUAAAAUAAAUUGCAUGCACCGAAGUGUGUGAAAAGUGGUUGUACGACCUGCUUGCAAUCAGAUCUGUGAAGACUGGGAUUCAUCUGCUUGAAAGAGACAUUUAAGCCCACAGAGCACAACCAAUCAAGGCAUAAAGUAUGCAAAGCAAAGCGACAAAUAGAUUGGAUAAGAAAAUAUCUGUCCCUUCAUUUAAGAAAGAAAAGAAUUCUAAUUAUAGUAUAUGUGUCAAACAAACUACUUGAGUGUUGUAUGUGAGACUUUUUCAAUGGGUGCAAAAUGAAAUGUUAAUAAAUAUAUCAAUGAAUGUGUGCAUAUAUAUGUAUCUAUAUUAUUAAAUCUAUCUGCAAAU